AUGUCAGAAUUAUUUUGUCAACUAUGUGUUGAUUGGAUUGGAGGUCGUGAAGCAGAUUUAGCUGAACAGUAUCAAGCUCAAUUGAUAACGACUCUAUAUGCAAAUCAACUCCAUCAUAAUACAGGAUCUACUACUUUAUCAUCACUUUUUGAUGAUUUACUAGCACUUAAAACAAUUCGACAAUACGAAAGACAGUUACGUUGGAAGGAUACUCCACAACGUAUCAUGAAUAACCCAGCGGGUUUUUGUUUCAUUUCCUCGAGCUGGAUGGCUGAAUGGGAAAUGUUUGUUGAAGGUUGGAAAACGAAACCUCCCAUUCACGUACAAAUCGAUCAAACGUCCCUCUUAACUUCAAUUGCUAGUCAGUUAAACACAAAGGGGGUUAAUCUUUUUCAUUUUAAUUCUUUUGCAAAUGUUAUGAUCAUUUCCAAUGAUACUUGGGAUUACUUAUCAAAACAUUAUACUGUGAAAGGAAAGCAAAUCACUGAAGGUGAACUGAUUUAA